CCGCCGCUGAGCCCCCGCGGGGCCCGUGACGCCGCGGCCGAUGUGGCCCCGCGCGCUGCCGGCCUGCACCGCCGCACCGAGCCGCCGCCGGAGCCGCCGCGGGAGCCCGAGCCCGAGCCCGAGCCGCAGCCGCAGCGGCCGCAGCCGCAGCCGCAGCCGCAGGCGGGGGCCGGGCGGGCAUGGAGCAGCGCGCGGCCGCGGGGCCGGAGGGGGCGCCGGGCGCCCGGGCGCAGCUGGCCGUCGUCUGCCUGGUGAACAUCGUUCUCACCGGGCGGCUCAGCAGCGCGGUUCCUGCCUUAGCUGCCUGCAGCGGGAAGCUAGAGCAGCACACAGAGCGGCGCGGUGUCAUCUACAGCCCGGCCUGGCCCCUCAACUACCCUCCGGGAACCAACUGCAGCUGGUACAUCCAGGGUGACCGUGGGGACAUGAUCACCAUCAGCUUCCGCAACUUCGAUGUGGAGGAGUCCCACCAGUGCUCCCUGGACUGGCUCAUGCUGGGCCCAGCGGCGCCGCCCCGCCAGGAGGCCUUCCGGCUCUGCGGCUCGGCCAUCCCCCCUGCCUUCAUCUCCGCCCGGGACCACGUCUGGAUCUUCUUCCACUCGGACGCCUCCAGCUCGGGCCAGGCCCAGGGCUUCCGUCUGUCCUACAUCCGAGGGAAGCUGGGCCAGGCGUCCUGCCAGGCCGACGAGUUCCGCUGUGACAACGGCAAGUGCCUGCCGGGCCCGUGGCAGUGCAACACCGUGGACGAGUGCGGCGACGGCUCGGACGAGGGCAACUGCUCGGCGCCCGCGUCGGAGCCUCCGGGCAGCCUGUGCCCCGGGGGCACCUUCCCCUGCAGCGGGGCGCGCUCCACGCGCUGCCUGCCGGCCGAGCGGCGCUGCGACGGCUCGCAGGACUGCGGGGACGGCUCCGACGAGGCGGGCUGCCCCGACCUGGCGUGCGGCCGGCGGCUGGGCAGCUUCUACGGCUCCUUCGCGUCCCCGGACCUGUUCGGCGCGGCGCGCGGGCCGUCGGACCUGCACUGCACGUGGCUGGUGGACACGCAGGACCCGCGGCGCGUGCUGCUGCAGCUGGAGCUGCGCCUGGGCUACGACGACUACGUGCAGGUGUACGAGGGCCUGGGCGAGCGCGGCGACCGCCUGCUGCAGACCCUGUCCUACCGCAGCAACCACCGGCCCGUGAGCCUGGAGGCCGCGCAGGGCCGCCUCACCGUGGCCUACCACGCCCGCGCCCGCAGCGCCGGCCACGGCUUCAACGCCACCUACCAGGUGAAGGGCUACUGCCUCCCGUGGGAGCAGCCGUGCGGCGGCGGCGGCGGCGGCGGCGGCGACGGGGCGGCGGGCGACGCGGGCGAGCAGGGCUGCUUCUCCGAGCCGCAGCGCUGCGACGGCUGGUGGCACUGCGCCAGCGGCCGCGACGAGCAGGGCUGCCCCGCCUGCCCGCCCGACCAGUACCCGUGCGAGGGGGGCAGCGGCCUGUGCUACGCGCCCGCCGACCGCUGCAACAACCAGAAGAGCUGCCCCGACGGCGCCGACGAGAAGAACUGCUUCUCCUGCCAGCCGGGCACCUUCCACUGCGGCACCAACCUGUGCAUUUUCGAGACGUGGCGCUGCGACGGCCAGGAGGACUGCCAGGACGGCAGCGACGAGCACGGCUGCCUGGCGGCGGUGCCGCGCAAGGUCAUCACGGCGGCGCUCAUCGGCAGCCUGGUGUGCGGCCUGCUGCUCGUCAUCGCCCUGGGCUGCGCCUUCAAGCUCUACUCGCUGCGCACCCAGGAGUACAGGGCCUUCGAGACCCAGAUGACCCGCCUGGAGGCCGAGUUUGUGCGGCGGGAGGCGCCCCCGUCCUACGGGCAGCUCAUCGCACAGGGCCUCAUCCCGCCGGUGGAGGACUUCCCCGUCUACAGUGCGUCCCAGGCCUCGGUGCUGCAGAACCUCCGCACGGCCAUGCGGCGACAGAUGCGCCGGCACGCCUCCCGCCGCGGGCCCUCCCGCCGCCGCCUGGGCCGCCUCUGGAACCGGCUCUUCCACCGGCCGCGGGCGCCGCGGGGACAGAUCCCACUGCUGACGGCCGCUCGCACCUCUCAGACGGUGCUGGGCGACGGGCUCCUCCAGCCUGCGCCAGGGACCAGCCCGGACGCCGCCGCACCCCUUACGGACUCGGGCAGCCCCGCGGCAGCCGCGGAUGGGCCCCCCAGCGCCCCGGGCCGGGCGCCAGAAGUGGGACCUGCCGGGCCGCCCGCCUCGGGCCGGCGGGACCCGGGCUGCAGGCGGGGGGACAAGGACAGAAAAGCCUGCAGGGACCCUCCCGGGGACAGCCCGGCCGCCGCGGACAUGCCUCGGGAGCCCUGCUCGGCCCAGGACCCUCAGCCCGCGGCUCCCACUGCCAGCAGCACCCUGGGCCCCCACGCACCAGAGCCACUGGGUGUCUGCAGGAGCCCCCCGCCACCCUGCUCCCCAACGUUGGAGGCCAGCGACGAUGAGGCCCUGCUGGUCUGCUGACCCGCCGGCCGGCCGUGCUGGUGACCGCCACAGCCCCGCUUUGUAACCAGGGAAUACACAGUCGUUUCUACCCUG